CAGAGAAAGAAACCAAAGACUUGUCCACACCACUCUCCUGUCUUGUUUCCUUGUUACUGGUACUUGCACGAAUCCAAAACUUUGAGAAUAAAAACUUCUGCUUUGUCUCCAAGCAAACUUUCGGUCAAAACCAUAUAUUUUUUUUUAAUAUUGAAAUAGAGUUUCCUCUGCUUCUUGAAUUUUCAAUGACCAAAGCCUUUUAACUUGGUGUUCUUGGUGUUUAGGGUUUUUGAUAACUGUAGCUUCGUUCCCAAGCUUUUUGAAUCAAUGGAAGAGGAGAAGAAGUCUUUAUCUCCGUGGUCGUGGUCCGUUGACCAAUGUCUGAAAGAAUACAACACAACACUAGACAAGGGUCUAACCACCGAAGAUGUCCAAACCCGCCGUCAGAAACACGGUUACAACGAGCUAGCCAAGGAGAAAGGCAAGCCCUUAUGGCAUCUCGUAUUAGAACAGUUCGACGACACCCUCGUCAAGAUUCUCCUCGGCGCAGCGUUCAUCUCUUUCGUUUUAGCCUUUCUAGGAGAAGAACACGGUUCGGGUUCGGGUUCGGGUGCAGGGUUCGAGGCCUUUGUUGAACCCUUUGUGAUCGUUUUGAUUCUGAUUCUAAACGCUGUGGUUGGUGUCUGGCAAGAGAGCAAUGCCGAGAAAGCGCUCGAGGCUCUCAAAGAGAUGCAAUGCGAAUCAGCAAAGGUUAUCAGAGACGGAGUUGUGUUGCCGAACAUCCCAGCUAGAGAGCUCGUCCCUGGAGACGUAGUCGAGUUACAUGUUGGAGAUAAAGUCCCUGCUGAUAUGCGAGUCUCCGGUUUAAAAACGUCGACGCUGAGAGUCGAGCAAAGCUCCUUAACCGGAGAGGCAAUGCCGGUUUUAAAAGGAGCUAACCUUGUAGUCGUUAAUGAUUGCGAGCUCCAAGCAAAAGAGAACAUGGUGUUCGCGGGAACGACCGUAGUCAACGGAAGCUGCGUUAGCGUCGUCACAAGCAUCGGCAUGGAUACGGAGAUAGGCAAGAUACAAAGGCAGAUCCACGAGGCGUCGCUCGAAGAGAGCGACACUCCUCUGAAGAAGAAGCUAGACGAGUUCGGGAGCAGAUUGACCACUUCCAUCUGCGUCGUCUGCGUCCUCGUCUGGAUCAUCAACUACAAGAACUUUGUCUCGUGGGAUGCCGCUGAUGGUUCGUUCAAGUUUUCUUUCGAGAAAUGCACUUACUACUUCAAAAUCGCCGUGGCUCUCGCCGUGGCAGCGAUCCCCGAGGGCUUACCCGCCGUGAUCACGACGUGUUUAGCCCUGGGGACGAGGAAAAUGGCGCAGAAGAACGCGAUUGUGAGGAAGCUGCCGAGCGUGGAAACGCUCGGCUGCACGACUGUGAUCUGUUCAGACAAGACAGGGACUUUGACUACUAACCAGAUGUCUGCAACCGAGUUUUUCACUUUGGGCGGUAAAACAACGGUCACUCGAGUCUUUUCGGUUGAUGGUACGACUUAUGAUCCUAAAGAUGGUGGGAUUGUUGAUUGGGGAGGUUACGAGAUGGAUGCUAACUUGCAAGCUGUUGCUGAGAUAUGUUCGGUUUGUAAUGAUGCUGGAGUGUUCUAUGAAGGGAAGUUGUUUAGAGCAACAGGUUUGCCUACUGAAGCAGCUUUGAAGGUUCUUGUUGAGAAGAUGGGUGUUCCAGAUGAGAAGAACGGUGAGAGUAUCCAGGAAGCUACAAAUGAUUCAGACAACGGUAGCUCAGUGAAACUAGCUUGCUGUGAUUGGUGGAACAAAAGAUCGAAAAGGCUUGCGACAUUGGAGUUUGAUCGUGUCCGUAAGUCCAUGAGUGUUAUCGUGCGUGAACCAAAUGGACAAAACCGGCUUCUCGUUAAGGGUGCAGCUGAGAGCAUACUUGAGAGAAGUUCAUAUACGCAGCUUGCUGAUGGAUCUCAUGUAGCUUUAGAUGAAUCUAGCAGAGACGUGAUCCUCAAGAAACAUUCUGAAAUGACUUCAAAAGGGUUAAGAUGUUUAGGGUUAGCUUACAAAGACGAACUAGGGGAGUUUUCAGAUUACACUUCUGAAUCACAUCCUUCACACAAGAAGCUUUUAGACCCUUCGUCCUAUUCAAACAUCGAAACAAACUUAAUCUUUGUUGGAGUUGUUGGUCUCAGAGAUCCUCCACGUGAAGAAGUUGGAAGAGCUAUUGAAGACUGCAGAGAAGCUGGAAUCAGAGUGAUGGUUAUCACUGGAGAUAACAAAUCAACGGCUGAAGCUAUUUGCUGUGAGAUUAGAUUGUUCUCAGACAAUGAAGAUCUUUCUCAGAGUAGCUUCACAGGCAAAGAGUUCAUGUCUCUUCCUGCUUCACGGCGGUCUGAGAUACUUUCCAAACCUGGAGGGAAAGUGUUUUCAAGAGCUGAGCCAAGGCAUAAGCAAGAGAUCGUUAGGAUGCUUAAGGAGAUGGGAGAGAUCGUUGCCAUGACAGGUGAUGGUGUGAAUGAUGCUCCUGCUUUGAAACUAGCUGACAUUGGUAUCGCCAUGGGAAUCACUGGAACCGAGGUUGCCAAAGAAGCUUCAGAUAUGGUUCUUGCAGAUGAUAACUUCAGUACUAUCGUCUCAGCUGUAGCCGAGGGUCGGUCCAUUUACAACAACAUGAAAGCUUUUAUCAGGUAUAUGAUAUCAUCUAACGUUGGAGAAGUCAUCUCCAUCUUCUUAACCGCUGCAUUGGGGAUACCGGAGUGUAUGAUACCGGUUCAGCUCCUUUGGGUUAACCUGGUAACCGAUGGUCCUCCAGCUACAGCUUUAGGCUUCAACCCAGCUGAUAUUGACAUCAUGAAGAAGCCGCCGCGCAAAAGUGAUGAUUGUCUCAUUGAUUCAUGGGUUCUUAUUCGGUACCUUGUGAUUGGUUCUUACGUUGGAGUUGCAACCGUUGGCAUCUUUGUCUUGUGGUACACGCAAGCUUCUUUCCUCGGGGUUAGUUUGAUCACGGAUGGACAUACGUUGGUCAGCUUCACUCAGCUACAGAACUGGUCUGAAUGUUCUUCGUGGGGAACGAACUUCACUGCCUCUCCUUACACAAUCGCUGGUGGGCUUAGGACAGUGGCGUUUGAGAACAACCCUUGUGAUUACUUCACUCUAGGGAAAGUGAAGCCUAUGACUCUGUCUCUCUCUGUUCUUGUGGCAAUUGAGAUGUUUAACUCGUUGAACGCUUUGUCUGAAGACAACAGUCUCUUGAAGAUGCCACCGUGGAGAAACCCUUGGCUUCUUGUGGCUAUGACCGUCUCCUUUGGGCUUCACUGUGUUAUCCUCUAUGUUCCUUUCUUAGCUGAUGUGUUUGGGAUUGUGCCUUUGAGUUUCAGGGAAUGGUUUGUGGUUAUUCUUGUUUCUUUCCCUGUGAUACUAAUCGAUGAAGGUCUUAAGUUCAUUGGAAGAUGGAGAAGACAAAGAAUCAAGAACAAAAUCAAGAAGACGAUGUAAAAGUCUGAUUAAACACACAAGACAGUAGUAACGUUUAUAUUUAUUAUUCUUUUCUGAAGACUUUGUAUUUUGAUGUAAUCUCUAUUACAAUCUUUAGUUGAUUCAACAAGUAAUUUCUGACAA